CAUAGGGGAUAUUUGAAUAUUCUGCCCAUCCAAAAAAUGCCAAACACUUGGCACGUUUUUUUUCCUGUUUUGAAAAUUUCAAGCAAUUCCAUAAAGUGUUAUGAGCUUAUUGUUUCCAGCAUUCAAGAAUCCAAGCUCGGCAAAACAGAAUGUUACGAGGUUUUUGUGUGUGGUACUUUUAUUGUAUUAGGGGUAGCCGGGGAUCGUACACGCUGAGCAAGGGUUGGCCGUCUUCGUUGUUCUUUAUUGCACCGCUUGAGUGUUUACAAAUGGUAGAGCUACCACUGGCUAGCGGGAGGUUGGCUGUAAGAAGGCAAGUACUUUCGGAAGGUAGUGAAGGAACAUCUCUUUCCCGGAAAGUUGACAAAGCCAACUUUAGACAGCCCUGACUAAACCAACCUAGAGCACUGCCGUGUAGUGUCCUCGCAACAGUUACGGUACAAUCCUAGAGCUAGUUACUAUGCUGCUCAAAUUAUACUAAUCUCAUUAAUAAACUGGUCAAACUGGUUUUAAGGAUGAUGUAAGAAUAGAAUAUCGGGUGUUGACUUUGGGAAGAAAAUCAACGAUGAAAUAAUAAAUGACUAAGAAUAAAUUCCUUUGAUAGAAAUACAAAGAGCAGGAUAAAAGGAAAAGUUUGACUAUAGUAAUAUGCAAAAUUAAGUAAUGUAACAGCGGUAAGAUUUAGGAUAAAGGUAAUCGUUAAACUGUUAUUUAAGUCUGGCAAAUAUAAAACCUGUUUUGCUAAGAGUAACUACGCAUGCUUAGUCGAACAAUGAAGAGAUCCACGUAAAGCAAAUAAGUGAAAUGUCGAAUGGAAAGUGAAAGUAAAUAUCUGACUGACGUGUCGGAAACGACUUUUGCAUAGAUUAAUAAUUCCUUCAUAACAAGAAACAACAACGAAAAAAAAACUGCAAUAACAAAUAAUAAAGACAAGGCGGUGCGGGAUCAGUUGACGAGCUCCUAUCCCCCCCCCAUGAUUAUCCUAUCCCCCCCCCCCCCCCAUGAUUAUUUGUAGGGGCAUAGAAAAGUAACUACUGCCAAACAGCACAUCGUGAAAGGUUUGGGUGGUGAAAAACUACCAUUUGGUGUCCCAAACAGCUACAUUCUUACACGUAGAUGAUGUAUGAAUUAUAACAAGGGAAUAAUGCAGUUACAAUAUGUCAUAAGCCAUUGAUACACCUUUCAGUCCCACUCUGUACCAGAUGUAAAAUGCCCGAAAUGCGAGCAUAAGAUGGGUGUAUAAUAUACAGGCACUAUAUAGAUGUAUAAUACACUCAAUGUACAAGGACUACAUGUAAAAUGCAUAUAAUCACAAGUAAUAGGGUGCUUACCAAGAGGGGUAAUGGGAGACAGAUAAGUUGGACGUCUUUGAGCUCUCAGGCGCGAAAUGAUGCAUGCGUCCACAGAGAUACAUGAUGUAUAGCACUUUGUCCCACGUCAAAGGUAACACAGGUAUAUCAUCACCGAUUAUAGCGAUAUAUCGUUCUUAUGAUUGCGAUCAUGCCGAAAUGAUCUGGACUAGUAAAAGGUACGCAUAAUGUGAUCCUUUCCAUCUCAUGUUACUUGAUUUAAAUUUUGCACUAUAUGGAAAACAAUAUAAGUAUAUGUGUCAGUUUGAAGAAAAGAAAGGAGCAAUGUAGUGUAGCGAGUUGUGCGGGUUUCUUGACAUGCCGGAUAUUCAAGGUAUUGAUAUUAGGAUAAGAUGUAUGCAGACAGAUACAAGUGUUAAAGUGUUGACCUGCGAGCAAUUACCUACUUGUAAAAUCAUUCCCCGAAAAGUGGCCUGAAACCACAAAAAUGUGGAAAAAGUUCUUUUCGAGUGUCGUUGAGAAAAACUGUGAUUAAACAUCAUAGACAUCAUAGGAUAACAAUAAAGGAGUAGGUAUUAAACAGCCCUUUAAAGAGACGCUCUAUACCGUUAGACACAUUGAAAAGAUUUUUUAAAAGCAAUGAAAGCAAACUCUAACAGCAUGGCUUAGUAACACUUAAAAAUAUACAAUAGCACAGCUCAGUAACACGACUUAAAAGCUUAUACAAAAGCAUAACUUAGUAACACUUAAAAAUAUACAAUAGCACAGCUCAGUAACACUUAAAAGCUUAUACAAAAGCAUAGCUUAGUAACACUUAAAAAUAUACAAUAGCACAGCUCAGUAACACUUAAAAGCUUAUACAAAAGGAUAGCUUAGUAACACUUAAAAAAUAGCCAACAACAUAGCUUAGUAAAAAUUAAAAAAAAAAAAACACUUUAUACUAAGCUCUUUUUGUGUGUCAAAGCUUCAAACUAAAAUAAUAAGUCAAGUAUUUGAAUUCAAUUACCUUUGAAGAUUCGCAUUUUAUACUCUUUAUUUGUCAAAUAACUAUUUUUUCUAUAAGUGUAGCCCCAGCGUUCGUGAAAAAAAGUCAAUACAAUAAUGGUCAUUUCAAUAUCAUAUUCAUAAUAUCAGUGUCAAUUCGGUUUGACUGAUCGAAACAGAAUCAAUUAAAAUAUGUAGGAAGUCUUAUUAGAGAAAUGGACAAAUAAUGAAAAAAUCAAGAUUGGAUAGAAAUGUUAUUAGAAACCCCACAACCUGCACAUCGACAAGUGCUCUUACAACGAUGGACAAAAGUGGGGUAUAAAACAAAGUAAACUCAUCACUCAUUGCUCACUGGAAAGGCGACUGCAUCUUCUUAGAGAACGUAAGAAUGUUCUGAAUAAUAGUUUUAUUUAGUAUCAUUUCAAUCUUGAGUCUCAAGACCUGACACCAUUGCGCAAACAUGACAAACAACCUUUCUUGUUACCAUUUUUCCACAUGGGCCCAGAAAGGCCCUGUAACGCAGAUCGAGUUCGCCAUAAUCUCUUGGUUGAACGGGAUCACAAUUCUUCCCGCCAUCGUCCUCAAUACAUUAGUUCUCAUCUCGAUAUGGCGGACACCAGCGCUUCAUACGCCGUCUAUGGUACUCAUGGCUAACCUUGCUCUGUCGGAUUUGGCUGUCGGGGCAAUUGCUCAGCCGAUAAUGAUAUCUUAUGCAGCCUUGGAGUUUGAAGUCGAUAACUGGCCCAGAACUUUCUGCUAUGUUGCCAUGAUGUUUGGGAAUGCAGGGACAGUUUUUGGCGGUGUUUCUACGCUCAGCCUAACAGCAAUUGCCUUUGACCGAUUCCUCGCCUUGCAUUAUCAUCUUCGCUAUCCCGCGAUUGUUACUACAAAGAAAGCUAUCGCCGUUUGCAUUGUUUUCUGGGCUUUCUCAUUUUUUCUUGUGGCCAUUUGGUACACACUUGGGAACAAGAUUUACAUGUUUAUUGUAAACGUAUGUAUAGUAGUUCUUUUUGGAAUUACUAUUGUGAGUUACUUUAAAAUCUACAAGGUGAUCAAAAGACAUCAGACUCAGAUUCAUGUGGUCGAGUCUAGCGUAACCGCUUGUGGAGAGACUGGCUCUAAUGCUCAUAGCACUGCAAACACCAAAAGGUAUAAGAAAUCUGUGAUGAAUAGCCUCGUGGUGUACUUUGUGUUUGUAGCUUGUUCCACGCCUUUCGCUUGUGCCUUGGCAUACUGGGAGGUCACACAAAAUGACUAUAUGUCGCCGAUACUUGUAAGGCUCUCAACGUCGGUUGUUUUCUCUAAUUCCUGCAUUAACCCUAUUAUCUAUUGCUGGAAGAUGAGGGAGUUGCGUGAAGCAGCCUGGCAGAGUGCUACGGGGCUCAGAGACUGUCUUGUUGGAGUGAAGUCAAGAGCAAAUAAAGGUCCCCCAAGUACCGCAUGGAUCACCGCGAUUCGGUACUAACGCAGGCUGCUUCGACUAGUGUGUAGCUACCUUUAGACGCUAAUAAUAUUCCGUGGCUUGCCUAACUGACUGUAGUUUGGCUAAAAAAAACAUUCACAUUUUAGGUCUAAAACUUUUAGGUCUCAAACCGGCGUAUACUUAUUUUCAGUG